AUGAAGUUAACUUUGCUGUUAAUUUAUGGUUUAGCAUUUUUUGAAAGUUUUGCUUUUGGUCGUCUCGAUCUAAGCGAUGUUGAUGGUGAUGGUGUUGUUGGUGUAAGUCAGAAAAAUCUCGUAGAAUACGUCACUAAAGCUAUUAAUGGAUUCAAAAAUGUGAUGUUGAAAGGAGACGAGGAACUCAAUUAUCCCAUUAUGGAUCCUUAUGCACUGGGAGACAUUUCUUGGGAGCAUACUGAUUCAUCUAGCAGUAAUAAAUACAGAAUAAGAAACGUGGCUGUUAGUGCCAAAGACAUGAAAUUGACAUUCGACAUGGUUUUCUUAAAUCUACACAGCGACCAAAUUUCCUACAAAUUAGAUGGAUAUUUGUUCAAGGGGGUUUUGCCAGUAUAUGGCGAAGGUCUUCUCAAAUUCGUUGCUCCUACUCAACGUUUGAGUAUUGUGAUUGAUUUGGAUCUCGAAAACGGAUACAUCAUAGUUGAUGACGUACAAGUUACUCGAAAUAAUUUUAUGGAUAUCCGUGUCACUGGUUUCAUGGAUUUACCUGACAAAUUGGCCAGCACAGUAUUGGAUGAUAUUUUAGACCCAAUUAUUAAAAACCAAGGAAUCAAAGAAUUACAAAAAUUCGUGCGGAACAAGGUUGAAGAAGCUGUUGGAGGGAUGACCAUGGAAGAAUUGCUUGGUUUCGUAGAACAUUUUGUUAAAGAAGAAAAAAAUGAUAAACAGUGA